AUGCCUCCUCCUUUUCAAGACGAAGACGAAGAAGACGAAGAAGAAGAAGGAAAAGAGGAGUUAUUUCUGGAGGAGACUUUGCGCGCGGCCAAAUGGUGCGCCUUUCUCGCCGGGAAGGAAAUCAGAAACGCCUGGGGAACGACUUCGAGUGAAGUGAAAAACACGAAGAAGAACGACGUGGAUUUAGUCACUUUGACGGAUGAAAAGUGCGAAAAGAUGAUCAAAGAAUACAUACGCGAGAGAUUUCCGGACCAUUUGAUCGUAGGUGAGGAGGAAACCGCGGCUGGUGGGGACGUUAUUCCCGAAAUGAGUGCGAAACCGACGUGGUACAUCGACCCAGUCGACGGAACGACGAACUUUAUUCACUCGUAUCCAAACUCCUGCGUCUCGAUUGGUUUGACUAUGAAGAAAGAACCCGUCGUCGGAGUUGUGUUUAACCCGAUAACGAGAGAGAUGUUUGUCGGGGUGAAGGGGAGAGGGUCGCAAUUGAUCAACGUUGGCGGAAACGACUUGAACGAAGAAACGGACGUAAAGACGAUUCGGGUAUCGAACGCGACGACGUUAAAGAAAGCGUUGAUUGCCACGGAAAUUGGCGUAGGAAGAGACGAGAAAACUAUAGAUGCCAUCAUGGGACGGAUAAGAAAUAUCGUGCAAAACUCGAGAAGCGUGAGGUGUACCGGGUCGUGCGCGAUGAACAUGUGCGCCGUGGCGAGCGGAAGAGUAGACGGUUUCUUCGAGAUUGGAUUCGGAGGUCCCUGGGAUAACUGCGCGGCGACGGUGAUUGUCAGAGAAGCCGGCGGCGUUGUGGUCGACCCGAGUGGUGAGGAGAUGCAUUUAAACGCGAGACGAGUGUUGUGUGCAAAUAGUCGAGAAAUUAUGGAGGAGUUUGUAGCGGCGUUGAAACCGGUGGAAGACGGACCUGCGGAACCGCCGAAGCCGUCGUUAGCGACGACGUUGUAG